AUGCCAUCCCUGUGGCCUUGUGAUGUUGGAGGCUGCCAACGCCCUGCCGUCCAGAACCAAGGGAAUUGUGAACUCUGCGGCAAGCAUCUUUGCCGUCUUCAUAUCCAGCACCAGUGGCACAAGUGCCCCAGUCCAGAGUUAAAUUGGAAAGAGUACGCCGACCAGUACGCCGCCGGCGAGGCACAGCGCCUAGACGCGCUGUGCCGCCAGAUCAAUGGCGAGAAGCUCUGCGCGCGCGCGUCACGCCUCCGUGGCGAGCCGCCAAUACCGUGCCAAGUCGAUCUCUCUCCCAAAACGUUAUCAAAGAUGAUGGGGGGCCAAAACUGCCACGCAGACGUUGUGUUUGCCGACGGCGUGGUGUGGAUUGUGCGCUUUCGACUCGUUGCCCCAAGGGCACCGCCGCCGCACGUACGCGACUACGUGCUCCAAAGCGAGGCCGACACUAUGAAGUAUCUGCAGCUUCAUACCAGAAUCCCCUCACCCCGUGUGUAUGACUGGGCGUUGGCGUCUGACCCUGCUAAUGAAGUCGGCAUCGGGUACAUCUUGAUGGAGAAGCUCCCGGGCACGCCGCUGAACUGGCAGGGCGCGACGGCGGCGCAGAGGAGCAAAAUCGUGCAGCAACUGGCGGAUAUUAUGCUUGAAAUAGAGAGACACCCCUUUAGUCAGCUAGGAUCGCUCAUCGAUUCACAAGCCACUUCAGGAGGCGAGACCGGCGCCACGUCCACCCAAUCCGCGAUCCAGGUCCGUGGUCUGGCGAAGCACUCCACGUCCAAGUCCGGCAUCAACGGCGGCCCUCUCGGACCCUUCCGCUCCUCGGCUUUAGCCUUUCGCGCCCAAGUCGAAGCCUACCUCGGCAUGAUAUACAGAGGGGAGAUUGGCACCGCCGGCAACGCGGUCGACGUAUUCCUCGCCCACCGGUUCCGGCUCGACAACGCGGCGGAGGACCGAGUCUGGGGCCACGACGCGAACCCCGCCAGCGAGCGCUUCUAUCUCAAGCACGCCGACGACAAGGGCGACCACAUCCUGGUGAGCGCCGACUUUGACAUUGUGGGCAUCAUCGACUGGGAGUGGUGCGCCACGGCGUCCAAGGCGGAGGCGUUUGCCUCGCCGUGCAUGAUGUGGCCGGUCGCCGCCUUUUACGACGGCUCCAACGCGCUCGCCGACGAGGAGCGGCUGCUGGCCGGCGCGCUGCGCGAAAAGGGCCGCGCGGACCUUGCCGACUGCGUCUUGCGCGGGCGCGCCGUCCAGAGGCUGCUGUUUGCGCUCGGCCCGGUCGCCGCCGCACAUGAGGCGACCAAGACGUGGGCUAGCCUGUUUAUGGGCAUGAAGCGCGCGCUGGAUGGGAAGGGCGAGGAGAGGUUGGGACAGGAGGAAGAGGAGUGGGAGCAGUGGAAGGCGCAGGCCCUCCGGGAGUGGAAGGAUGAGCCUUUGCUGCAGGCUGUGCUGGCUGGCGGACAAGUCGGGGUAGCGGACCCGAAGUGA